AUGGCAGAUGUUUCGGAUGAGGACUGCGUGCUAUUAAUAUCGUCCGAGUUGCGAGUUACUACCGUCACCGAGCUCCAAGUGACCCAGCCCCACUUUUAUCACAACCCAACUGAGAAAGCGCCUGUGUUUCUCCUUAACUUAGGUGUCAGCAAUAGGCUGCGACUCUCGAUCUGCUUGCAUCAUUUUCAUUGGACUCAACCUUGA